AUGGCGGCCCCUGCCCGUUUGCUGGAGCGUCUCCUCUGUUCAGCUCUCAAGAAAGAAGAGGAGGAGCGGGGCUCACUUCCGGACAGGCUUCGGUUCCUACCGGACGCGCCGCAAUGCGCCCAGCGGCCGCACGGGGGUGAAGCAGCAUCUUGGAGCUUGCGCUUCGGGGCCAGCGCAGUUCAGGGCUGGCGCGCGCACAUGGAGGAAGCGCAUUGAGCAUGGCUCGCUUUACGCGGGGUGCAUCCGAGCUGGGCUUUCUUUGAGGUCCUCGACGGCCAAGGCAGGGCGUGUGCAGCCCUCCCCCGCGCGUGUCAUCUUCCAGGCCACGUGCUUGAGGCGCUGGGCCCGGCCCCUGACCAGCCCGAGGGCAUGUAGGGGACGCUUCGCCGUGCCUUCUGGAGCGCAGACGCACGCCUGCGCUCGCUCUGGCCACUCGGCGAGCCGAGCGGUUCCACCGCGGUGGCGUUGCUCGUCUCUCCGCAAUUUCUAUACCUGGCACACUGCAGUGAUUUUCGCGCGGUGCUGAACCGUGCGGGAGCUGUGGACUUCAGCACCGAGGACCAUCGACCCCUCCGGCCCCAGAAACGCGAACGUAUCCAUGACGCGGGCGGCACCAUCUGCCGCCCUCUCAAGGGCUCUCUGGCAAUAUCGAGAGCACUGGGUGACUUUGCCUACAAAGCUUCAGGAGGGCCUCCUGAGCUGCAGCUUGUUUCCGCAGAGACUGAGGUGACCGCCCUGGCACGGCGGGCCGAGGACGAGUUCCUGCUCCUGGCCUCCGACGGUGUAUAGGAGAUGUCUGGCGCUGCCCUGGCGAGACUGGUGACAUCACGCCUCCGCUUGGCGCUUUGGGCCUCUGCCCCAGAGCUGCUUUGAGCGCAGCCGUUGGACACGUGUCUGUGCCAGGGCAGCCUGGACAACAUGACUUUCCUCCUGGUCUGCUUCCUGGGGACUGCCAGGCCUUGUGAGGAGGCGAUCAGGUAGGAGCUGGCACUGGAUGAAGCCCUGGGCCACAAGGUGGCUGAGCUGUGUUCCUCUUCCCAGGAGCCCCCAAGCCUGAAGAGAGUUUUAAGGACUAUGGUCUCGGAGGAUGCCCCGGAUUUACGUCCUGAGGGAGGGCUCCACUGCAAGGGAGUCUGGAAGGUGCAGAAUGGGGCGGGGAAGGUCACUGGCACCCAUUCAAGCUCUGCCUUGGACUUCCAGGCCUGA